AUGUCGGUGUCAGUCUAUAAUAGCUAAGAGAAAAUUAAACCAAGUAAUUAAGCUAAACAUUUCCAAAAUAGCGAAUUUAUCACUUGUUAAGAUACUAAUAAUAGCAUAUCAGUUGUCUAAACUGUUAGAAGAUAUAGGAGUAAGCUCAAAAAACUUGUUUAACAUAAUUGGGAUAGGAGUGAAAUUAAUUCUAGAGAUCCACGAUAUUUCUUUUUUAAAGAGCCUUCUGCUUCCAUCAAACUUAAUAAUCUCCAAGAUAAUUAAGAGUAAGUAGAUAAACUUUUAGAAGACAGAAUUAAAUAACUUAUGACUAAAGUUUAAGUGCUCAUAUCUUCUUAAUCUUUUUAUCAAUAAGGAAAAUAUUAAGCUCGCCUAAAUGUGAACCUUGUCAAAUUGCAGGAUGAAUACGAUGUAUUAUUUUGA